AUGACGGAAGAGAGCCUACUAGACUUCGACCUCUCUCUUCUUGAAUCCAUUCAUCAGCAACUUAUUAACGACUCUGAUUUUUCAGACAUCUUUCUACCAAUAAGCCCAUGCAGCACCCUAAACUACCACCCCACUUCAAGUUUUAGUAGCUUCUCUUCUGUGGAGAAUUGUAUUGACGAGACUUUCAAAGCCGACGAAUCUUUUCAGACGAUAAUCAAGCCGAGUGUUCAGGAGGAGGAAGAGAAGCAGGUCGAUGUAGCUGCGGAUGCAUGUGAAGAUGACAGCCACAUGCCGCCAGAACCCAGGCGUUUCCGCGGAGUCAGAAGGCGGCCUUGGGGUAAGUUUGCAGCGGAAAUAAGGAACCCGAAUAAGAAAGGAGCUAGAUUGUGGCUCGGGACGUAUGAUACUCCCCGGGAAGCGGCUCUAGCUUAUGAUCGUGCCGCGUAUGAUAUACGCGGCACGCGGGCUAUUCUUAAUUUUCCGCAUUUAAUUGGGUCUAAUUUUGAGCCGACUAGGAAGGGUAAGAGGCAAAAAUCAGUAUUGGAGCACUCGAAUAGUGUCACGAAGCCCUUUUAA